AUGUGGAAUGACUAUGUAGACAUUCCUUGGGCAUCACAUGGUGAACAAUUACCCAUAAUAAAUGAAGAGGCAACACAUCCCUCAUCCCCACAGCUAGUUAUGCCAAACCAUGAUAUGGCUGAUAUGUUGCAAGAUGCAUUUGGGUUUCAUGAUCAUAUGACCAUGCCUUCUUCUCCAGAGGUAGUUGGAGCUGAAAACUCGAAUUCAUCUGUUGAUGCCCAAAAGUUCUACAAGUUACUUGAAGAUGCAAACACAGAUCUUUUUCUUGGAGCACGAGUAAAGAAGCUUGAAUUUUUAGUGAGAUUGCAACGUUUGUAUAUGUCUCGCCAUACUGCAGAUGAUAUGUCUUGGCACUCUAAAAUUCGGACAAAAGACGGGGUUCUUCGACACCUUGCUGAUUCUCCAGCUUGGGCACAUUUGGAUGAAAAGUAUCCAGAUUUUGGUAACGAGUGUCGUAAUGUCCGCUUGGGUUUGGCUAGUGAUGGUUUUAGUCCUUUUGGAAUGAGUAGGACUACACAUAGUACAUGGCCUGUUGUGAUGUCUGUUUACAAUCUACCUCCUUGGUUAUGCAUGAAACAGCCAUACUUGUUCUUGUCAUUGCUUAUACUAGGCCCAAAAGGACCUGGUAAUAAUAUUGAUGUGUACUUACAGCCAUUAGUGGAAGAGCUCAAGAUGUUGUGGAAUGAAGGAGUAGAGACAUAUGAUGCAUUCAAGAAAGAAAUGUUUAGGCUGCGAGCUGCUGUGUUAUGGACUAUUAAUGAUUUUCCUGCAUAUGCCAUGUUAUCUGGUUAUAGCACAAAAGGUUUCAAAGCUUGUCCGGUGUGUGUUGAAGAUAUAGAGUCUGUUAGGCUCAAGAAUUGUAAAAAGUUGGUAUUUAUGGGAGCUCGUCGAUGGUUGUGUGAUGAUCACCGCUACCGUGGAUGGAAGAAUAAUUUCAAUGGUAAGGUUGAACGAAGACCUCGCCCAAAUGGUUUGACGGGUUCACAAUGUCUAAGAGCAAUUCGUGGUUUGAUAAUUAAAUUUGGGAGAAGGAAAAAGAAAAAAGGAACUCGAAAACGUAAACAGAAUGUUCAAACACUGCCUGAGGAGGACUUUGGUAAUUGGAGGAAGAGGAGUAUAUUUUUUGAACUGCCUUACUGGGAGCAUCUUUUAUUGCGACAUAAUUUAGAUGUCAUGCAUAUUGAGAAAAAUGUCACUGAUAGUGUUCUUGGUACCUUACUUAGGCUGCAAGGGAAAAAUAAAGAUAGUAAAAAUGCUCGAAACGACAUGGUUCUUCUCAAUGUCAAGCAUGGUCUUCAUCCUGUAACCACUGAAGGGAAUAACGAUACCAUAUAUCCUCCAGCUAGCUUUAAUCUGUUAAAAGAUGAGAGAACGAUGAUGUGUGAAGUCAUGGCUGACUAUCGACCCCCAGAUGGCUGGUCUUCCAAUAUUGAUUGUGCACGAAGGUUUCUGCACACAUUGAAGCUGUAUGUUCGCAAUAAGGCUCAACCUGAAGGAUGCAUUGCUGAAGGAUACAUAAUAGAUGAGUGUCUCUCAUUUUGUACCAUGUAUUUAUCAGGUGAUACUGAAUCAGAAAGAAUCAGAUUGUCUCGUAAUGCUGAUGACCCUAAUAACAUCGUCAGACCUGGGUUGCCAUUAUUUGUUACAAAGGGACGAGCUUUAGAAAAGGGAAAAAAGUUUAUGUUAACUGAUGAGGAGAAGAAGCGAGCUCAUACGCAUGUGCUUCUCAACUGUCCAGAAAUUGACAGCCACUUGAAGUAUGUUUGGAGCUACUUUGUGAUUGGAGCAUGUGGAAAUAGAGAAAGGAGAAGAGGUCGACGUUCUGUACAAGAGUCUGAGAGACAAGCAAAUUUAUCAUUUUUCAAGUACUUUAAGAGCAAGAUCAGAGAAAAGAUUAAUGAAGGUGAUGUGAAUAUUGAUCCUGAUAUUUGCGCAUUGGCGGAAGGACCAAAUAAUGAAGCCAAACGUUACAAAAGGUACGCCAUGAAUGGUUGCCGUUUUCAUGUGAAGUCAGUUGACACUGGUUCUACAUAUCAAAAUAGCGGUAUUUUUGUCCAAGCUGGAAGUAAUUGCUAUGCUACUGCCAAUGACCGCCAACCAAGAGAUGACAUGCUUGACUAUUACGGCGUAUUGACUGAUAUCAUCGAAUUGGACUAUCAUAAUGGUAGGAAAGUAUUGCUGUUUGAGGGGAACUGGAUUGAUAGCCGGACCUAUAGUCGAGGAUUGAAAAAGGAUGAGUUUGGCUUCAUAUUGUCUUUCCACAACCACACAAAAAGAAACAACGACUGCUGCAAGAGGCUCCGAUCGCCGACUCAGAUCCCACCACCACCGCUGUGCCGGAAGCUGGUAAAGGAAUGUCCGAUCGCCGACUCAGAUCCCACCACCACCACUGUGCCGGAAGCUGGUAAAGGAAUGUCCGAUCGCCGACUCAGAUCCCACCACCACCGUUGUGCCGAAAGCCGAAUGUCCCAUUAUGACAUGGAUUUUCAGCUAGCUGAUGAUGGCCUGGAAUCGCUGCAUGACAGCGUCGAAUACGAUGACAGUGAAACUCAAGAUGUUGGUCAUUUAUUUGUGCCUCAAUCAACAGCUCCUACUGAAAACAGAAGUAGUGAAGCCAGUCGCGGUAAUAAGAAAAGAGGGCGAGGGAAAACGAUUGGAAAAUGGGCAGUGGGUAGAGUGAGAGAACAGGUUAAGUGGGGAAUGUAUGGGGCACCUGUGUGGCCAAGGGAUAAGUGUGCACAUUACAGCCAUUUCCUUGGUAGUUUGGCAACUGAUGGCGUUUAUUUCCCAAUUGACGUACAAGAUUGGCGUCACUUUGAUGUUGAUAACGACCUUGGAAAGGCAUGGUUGCAUAUUGAGGGGACAAUUGAUUGGUCUGAGGCUGACACUGCUGCUAAGAAAUCUAAAAUCAAGAAAUAUGCACUUGAGAGACUCUCAGAUCGCUGGAAGCACCACAAGGCAGACUUGAAGAAAUUGUAUUGGGUGCCCAACAAAGGGACUGAUGAGCUCAACUCCGUGCAUAUAUGCGAAAAUACGAAUCUGAGAGAGAAGCACAACUUCGAUGAGCUGAGGGAGGAGAUCAAUCGCCAGACUAUUCAGGCGCAGAGUGACAUUGAGGCUCUGAAGAAGCAGCUGGAGGAGGCCAAGAUUGUGAGGCGGCAUAAGGAGGAGUGCGAGGCCAUUCGGCGGUUGAUUGCGAUGCAGCCGCCGCGGUCUCAGACGCUGAAGAUCAUUUCGGAUUUGGAGAAGGAGAUUGCGGCGUUGGAUUCGGAGAACACAGCCAGUUCGAGGAUGCUGGAGCUUCGGAAGAAGCAGUUUGCUCUGCUCUUACAUGUGGUGGAUGAGUUGCAGACUACGAUAGAGGAAGAGCAGAAGAGUUUAAUUGAGGAGAAGGAGCAGAGAAGUGUGAUGGAGUUUGCAAAUGGAGGACCGGAACCAAUGCAUGUUGAUUGAGGGUGUACAAUGCAUCUCGGAUUUGUAAUUGUUAAUGUCAACAGCAUCGAUGAUACUUUGAUAUUGUCUUGGCAUAAUGGUCGAUACGGAUGACGACUUGGACGAAAGUUGGCUUUGUUCGACUGACCACUUGUACAUUACUGAUGAGUCAUUACAUGACGAUUCUGAAUACGAAGCGUCAGUAUGCGGGUUGGAACAGUCCCCAUCUGGUUCCACCCGAGUUCCAAAGUAUGAAUUUGUUGGGCCAGUUAAUUCCACAGGUGUGGCAUCAUCAGCAACGGAGAUUGAUUUGUCAAAUGAUUUAAUAGAUGACAUUGUGUUGAAUAUGAAAGAACCGUCUACAGGGGAUAAGUUUAAUAGGUUAAAUAUCAGAGACAUCACAUAUGACGAUGUAUCCGAUCUAUUGUUUGAAGACUACGAGGCCGCAGGCAAGUUUUACAACUAUUACGCACACGUACGUGGGUUCAACACAAGGAAAUCAAAAAUGUACAGAUACCGUACCAGUGACUUUGUGUAUCGAAGGGAGUGGGAGUGUUCUAAAACUGGAGUAAACCCUAAAAAGCGUCGAAAUCCUGUUGAAGUUGCUGAGAAAAAGCGACUAGUGGACAUUAAAGAAACCAAACGCCGAAACCACAUGUU